UCUGAUUUGAUUUGAUUUGAAUAGAAAAAUGUAAAAAAUAAAAAAGCAAAAAGAGUUUUUUUCCUCCACGCAAUGACUGGAACAACGACUCCAACUAAAUUUGAGGACCUGCUGGAACUGAUUGGAACUAAGGGAAGAUGGCAGUACAGAACCUUCUUCUUCCUCUGGAUAGAGGGGAUUAUCAUUGGGUUUCAUCAUCUUUCCUCAGUAUUUCUUGGAUAUACUCCGGGUUUCUGGUGUUCUGAUCCAGAUAUAUCCUACCCUGGCUCCUGGACACCAGACCAGAUAAAGAACUACACUGUACCUGUGGAUUCUGGCGGGAAAUUUGAAACAUGCUUCAUGUACAAUCUUACAGGGGUAAACAUCAACUCAGACUUCAGUACGGCAAUGAUUGAGCGUGUAGGAGGUGUGAAGGGGUGCUCUAACUAUGAAUACAAUAAGGACAUGGGAAUCACUAUCGUGUCUGAAUGGGACUUGGUGUGUGACAGAACAGCUUUGCUUUCAACAGUUCAAGGAAGUUACAUGGGAGGAGUAUUUGUUGGCUGCAUAUUCUGGGGUUGGUGUAGCGAUAAAUUUGGUAGAAGGCCGAGUAUUCUCGUAUCCUGUCUCUUCCAGAUCUUCAGUAGUGUCGCUGCAGCAUUCUCCGUUAACUACAUUAUGUUCAUAUUCUUCAGAUUUUUCGUUGCGUUUUCCGUAUCAGGAGUGUUCGAGUGUGGUUUUGUUCUUGUUACUGAGAUUGUUUCUGCAGAGCUGAGAACUCCCUUCGGUAUCAUGACACAGUUUCCGUUUGGGAUUGGAGCAUCACUUCUACCUUUAGUUGCGUAUUUCAUCAAGGAUUGGCAACCCCUGCAGCUAGCAAUAUCCAUCCCUUCCAUCCUUCUUGUAACCUACUACUGGUUUAUUCCGGAGAGUCCUAGAUGGCUUGUCUCAGAAAACAGGUAUCCUGAAGCACUGCAGGUACUGAAGGAAGCGGCGAAAAUAAAUGGAAAUUCUCUUCCAUCUGAUGAAGAGAUGUUGGAUCUACUAGAAAAUAUUGCAAAAGAAGAACAAAUCAUCGAACCUGCCACAAAAACAUCCAAGGAGAAGGUUGAGCAUGUUUUUAAAGAAAUGAUUGCACUCUUUAAGACCCCUGAAAUGAGGAAACGAACUCUAAAUAUCUAUUUCUCCUGGAUGGUGGUUGCUGGGGUGUACUAUGGUUUAUCCUUUAAUACUAAGAACAUUGGAGGUGAUAUCUAUAUAUCCAAUUUUAUUGCUGGGAUGGCUGAAGUAGUGGCCUGUGUUCUCAUUAUUCCAGCUUUAAACCGGUUUGGUCGAGUUAAAUGCUACAGUGGAACUUUCCUGAUCGGUGGGCUAGCUUGUAUAGCUGUAGCGGUCAUACUCUGGACUACAGAUGAAGGGUCCCUGGUAUGGUUGAUUAUAACUCUAAGUAUAAAGAUGAAGGGUCCCUGGUAUGGUUGAUUAUAACUCUAAGUAUAUAGAUGAAGGGUCCCUGGUAGGGUUGAUUAUAACUCUAAGAAUAUAGAUGAAGGGUCCCAGGUAAGGUUGAUUAUAAUUCUAAGUAUAUAGAUGAAGGGUCCCUGGUAUGGUUGAUUAUAACUCUUAGUAUAUAGAUGAAGGGUCCCUGGUAGGGUUGAUUAUAACUCUAAGAAUAUAGAUGAAGGGUCCCAGGUAAGGUUGAUUAUAACUCUAAGAAUAUAGAUGAAGGGUCCCUGGUAUGGUUGAUUAUAAUUCUAAGUAUAUAGAUGAAGGGUCCCUGGUAUGGUUUAUUAUAACUAAGUAUAUAGAUGAAGGGUCCCUGGUAUGGUUGAUUAUAACUAAGUAUAUAGAUGAAGGGUCCCUGGUAUGGUUGAUUAUAACUCUUAGUAUAUAGAUGAAGGGUCCCUGGUAUGGUUGAUUAUAACUUUAAGUAUAUAGAUGAAGGGUCCCUGGUAUGGUUGAUUAUAACUCUAAGUAUAUAGAUGAAGGGUCCCUGGUAUGGUUGAUUAUAACUCUAAGUAUAUAGAUGAAGGGUCCCUGGUAUGGUUGAUUAUAACUCUAAGU